AUGCGGGAUUUGGAUGAUAUGGAGCUUUUCUUCUUCUUCUUCUUCUCCUCCUCCUUCUCCUUCUUCUCCUCCUUCUUCUUCUUCUUCCCCUCCUCCUCCUCCUUCUUCUUCUUCUUCUUCCCUGCUUCUUCUUCUACUUCUUCUCUUCCUCCUUCUUCUUCUUCUUAUUUUUCUUCUUCUCCUCCUCCUCCUUCUUCUUCUUCUCCCCUCCUCCUCCUCCUUCUUCUUCUCCUUAUUUUUCUUCUCCUCCUCCUUCUUCUUCUUCUUCUCCUCCUUCUUCUUAUUUUUCUUCUCUCCCCCUCCUCCUCGUUCUUCUUCUUCUUCUUCUCUCCCCCUCCUCCUCCUCCUUCUUCUUCUCCUCCUUCUUCUUCUUCUCUCCCCCUCCUCCUCCUUCUUCUAUGCACACUAAUCUAUAGAAGCCCAUCUCUAUUUAUUCUUACUUUCACUCUCUGUAACCCCUCUCUUUUUACUCUUACUUUCACUCUCUGUAACCCUCUCUCUUUACUCUUACUUUCACUCUCUGUAGCCCCUCUCUCUUUACUCUUACUUUCACUCUCUGUAGCCCCUCUCUCUUUACUCUUACUUUCACUCUCUGUAAUCCCUCUCUCUUUACUCUUACUUUCACUUUCUGUAAUCCCUCUCUCUUUACUCUUACUUUCACUCUCUGUAGCCCCUCUCUCUUUACUCUUACUUUCACUCUCUGUAGCCCCUCUCUCUUUACUCUUACUUUCACUCUCUGUAAUCCCUCUCUUUACUCUUACUUUCACUCUCUCCCCUCUCUCUUUACUCUUACUUUCACUCUCUGUAACCCCUCUCUCUUUACUCUUACUUUCACUCUCUGUAACCCCUCUCUCUUUACUCUUACUUUCACUCUCUGUAGCCCCUCUCUCUUUACUCUUACAUUCACUCUCUGUAACCCUUCUCUCUUUACUCUUACAUUCACUCUCUGUAGCCCCUCUCUCUUUACUCUUACUUUCACUCUCUGUAGCCCCUCUCUCUUUACUCUUACUUUCACUCUCUGUAACCCCUCUCUUUUUAAUCUUACAUCCACUCUCUGUAACCCCUCUCUCUUUACUCUUACUUUCACUCUCUGUAACCCUUCUCUCUUUACUCUUACAUUCACUCUCUGUAACCCCUCUCUCUUUCAUCUUACUUUCACUCUCUGUAACCCCUCUCUCUUUCAUCUUACUUUCACUCUCUGUAACCCUCUCUCUUUACUCUUACAUUCCUCUCUGUAACCCUCUCUUCUUACUUUCACUCUCUUACCCUCUCUCUUUUACUUUCACUCUCUGUAACCCUCUCUCUUUCUUCUCUUACCCUUCUCUUUCACUCUCUCUCUGUAACCCUCUCUCUUUACUCUUACUUUCCUCUCUCCCCUCUCUCUUUACUCUUACAUUCACUCUCUGUAACCCCUCUCUCUUUACUCUUACUUUCACUCUCUGUAACCCUCCCUUCUCUUCUUUCCUCUCUGUAACCUCUCUCUUUCUCUUACUUUCCUCUGUAACCCUCUCUCUUUACUCUUACUUUCACUCUCUCUCUUGUAAAAAAUAUCUAUCUAUCUAUCUAUCUAUCUAUCUAUCUAUCUAUCUAUCUAUCUAUCUAUCUAUCUAUCUAUCUAGGUCUCUUAAUUAUCUAUCUAUCUAUCUAUCUAUCUAUCUAUCUAUCUAUCUAUCUAUCUAUCUAUCUAGUCUCCUUAAUUUGAUCUAUCUAUCUAUCUAUCUAUCUAUCUAUCUAUCUAUCUAUCUCCUUAAUUUGAUCUAUCUAUCUAUCUAUCUAUCUAUCUAUCUAUCUAUCUAUCUAUCUAUCUAUCUAGUCUCCUUCAUUUGA